UAAAAUUCCUUGCAAACAACAACACAUGUUCGUGUUAAGCGACAACGACAACAAUCGACAACCACGAAACCACGUAUUUAAGCAAAGCUUUAAAAUGCCUUCAUUAGAAUUUCAUACCGUAGAAUAUUUAAUUGAAAUUGAACCCGCAUAGCAGGCGGUGCAUCAUUAAGUAGGAGAAAACCCGAGUACAUAGCAACUUAACGAGGAAGCUUUGGCCGUGGGCGUUGCGACUUGGAAACAAGCGAGCGUACAUAUAAAUAUUUACAAAAUAAAAAUAUAAAAAAAAAUAAUUGGAAGCGAAAAUGAAACGCAGACAAUUAAAGUCACUACGCAUUUCCUUUGUCGUUUUAAGUUUCCUUUUGUACUUUAAAGCAACAACGGCAACUUUAACGCACGCUGGCGUCGAGCUAAGGCAGCAAAGUCAACCACAGUCGUUUCAACAAGCGUCGGCAGGUCGCCAACACGACAACGCGCGACGCUCGCAGCCUUUUAACGCCUUAUUAACUUCCGUUGGCCAGCUAGCUGAUUCACCACUUCGCCGCCACGGCGAGCAUUUAGCGCUGACAGCCAGCCGGGCGAGCGGCCGCAAGCGUUUGGCGCGCGCUGUGGAUGAUGGUGGCGAAGCUGGUGGACCGCAGUCGCGCAUGCAUUUUGGCGGUGGAAGUGGUGGCGAUGGCGAGGUUGAUAUGGCUGGCAUGGAUUUUGGCGAUAUGUUUCAGUCGGUGAUUCAGUUUAUCUUGAAUGCCAUUGGCUCUAUUAUGAACUUGUUCGCACCCAACGCAGGUGAUGGCUAAGCGAAGUAGCACUGGUGGUACUUAUAAAGUGUGAGUUAAGUAUGAGUAUAGGUAUACAUACAGUUGUUUAUAAUGAAAUUUUGUAGGAAAUUUGUACAGAAGAUUUUCGAAAACUAAUUUUUCCUUAAUAAAUGUUUAUCAUAUUAUUUCAUCUCGCU